GUCUGCCGAACUACUCGGUACUGAAGCGGACGUAAAACAUAUCAAUCAGUAAUACGGCCGUCUGUAUGUACCCUGGCAUCGACGGAAAACACCACUUUAUUGCCGAACAUAGGAUAUUACUGUGUAAUCAUAACUAUACUGUGGUGAAAGCUGUAACAGUGUGUACCUGUGUCGUUAUCAUGAAACAUACUUCACAAAUUUGACUUGUUCCUCUUGUAUGACGACAAUUUUCAGAUUUUUCGGUUUGCGUGACACUUCACGAACUCGUAGCUACCAAUGAUUGUAUCUCGUGAUACAAGAUCCAUACCAACAUAUUUGUGCGGUGUGAUAUAUGCAUAACAGAAGAAGUAAUAGCAAAAACAUCGAUAUACAUUCAUUGUGCUAAAAGCAGAAAAAUAAUUGUUUCCUGAUAUGCUCGUAGAAAAGUAUUCAGUCAUCGGGAACAAUGGCGGGGCUGGAAAAAAUGAAGCUUCCUAUGACACGUGACCGAGAACUGAUGGUCGUCAUGGCUUGAUGACAACUUUCUCUAACUAAAACUUUGAGGUAUCGCUGCUGGGAUAGCCUUUGUACACAUUUGAGUAUCAUACCGGCAACGCCGAGAUGAGGGUCAUAUAAAGAUUUACCUCUCUUGGUUGAAAGUGUCAUCAUGAUUCCACGCCGCUCAGUCAAGAUGCUAAUUUGCCUUGUCAUCACCGUGCUUGCCUUAGUCAUGAUUAAGAGUCUGACUAUCAGCAAUAUGCACUUCAGCGGUUACUUCAAUCAGUUGGCAACGAAUGUCAGCUUCAGACUUAAUGAUUCAUCGCUCUCAAAUAUCAUUAAGACAGCAUUAAAAAUGCCAAUGGCAGCUAUUUCGAGAAACAUCCUGAAUCGUUAUUCCGAAUAUCGUCAGAUACAACGAGUUGCUGAUUUUAAAGAACUUUAUGAUCCUCGGUUUUGUGUGGUAGAGCUAGAUAUUGACAGGAAAACAAAGACAUUCACGGCAGGUACAGAACUCAUAGCGAGAAUACACCUCUAUAAUGGUAACAACAAGUCCCUGACACAAGGUGGCGACUUGCUCAACAUUUGGCUGAACAAUGCUGACGAAAGUUCGUCUGUGGCUGGUUACGUGGUUGACAAUAUGAAUGGAACCUACACAGGUCACGUGAUGGCGUUUUGGGCGGGAAAUGUAUCGGUGAAAGUGUCUGUCACCAACACGAAGGAGGGGAUCGGUUUAUUCACAAAUUACGUGAACGUAUAUGGUUCUUUUAAAUUCAUGAAUGCAACAUUUGUUGAGAACCAGAAAAGUGAGAUGACUCAAUGUGCACCAAAAACAUCUGGUUGGCUGAACAAAACAUAUGGAGGAUUCUGUAAUUUAACACAUGAAAAUUUUAACAUUUCUUUAUUUUGUGGAAAGCCCAAAUCUGUUCCGUGUGAGAAAUGGGUAAAGUAUGGCUGUGACGAUUCUUUGUACUACGAUGACAUCACAAGGAAAAUAUUCAGAUAUAAGGAUGAACUGCUGAAGCAGAUCCAUGUGACUAUUGUUCCAAGCUCCAAAGGAGAUCUAGACUAUCCGACGCCUUCCACUCACUGCAAUGUAUUGCCUCGCGCCUUCACAUGGAACAGUAGUGUACCGUCAGGCUUCCUCUACAGGGGAGUGUAUCACAACCUUCUCUGCCAGCCCACAGUAGACCGAAGUAAGGAGAAGUAUCUGGUGUGUCUUAAAGACAGACCUGUCAUUUCGAUUGGUGAUUCAACAACCAGGCAGUGGUUCUUCCGUCUUGCGUCUUUCUUAAAUAUCAAGGAUUCGGCACAUAUUUCAGGUCAUGCAUGGCAAAAGUUCGCCCGUGCGUAUAACACCACAUUGGGAUUGGACACUGAAUGGCAGCCGCACGAGCUUCCCUUCCACGGGUCACCGGGGUCAGAUAGGAAAACCGUUAAGUCUGUAGCCCACAGACUGGACAAAAUCCCGGGAAACAGCUCUGCCAUUGUAAUCAUCCACUGGUAUGCCCACAUCGCGAGGUGCUGUGAUCACGUAGAUUUAAGGGAUCACGUGCGACAUGCAAAGGCUGCCGUUGUGAGGCUUCUGACGAGGUCCCCGGAUGUUCAAGUUUUCAUUAAAGGUCCUCACCUCAUAACAUAUAUCAAUGCAAACAAGCCAUAUGCCUACAUUGGAAUGUUCGUGGAACAGGUUUUACUGGAAGAGUUCAAUGAUUUACUGGACAAAGUAAUUUACCUUGACCAGUGGGACAUGUCAGUGGCAACCGAAAACGUCAAUAUUCAUCCAAAUACACUGUUGGACGAUAUAUCACUGAAUAAUCUGAUCAAUUUUGCAUGUAAAGCAAGUUAAAGCUUGUUGUUUAUAUAGCCUUUCAGGGUUAAGUGUAAUUGUAUAUAGAAACCUCGACAGUUUGUGCUUAGAAGUUUAUCCUUCUAUAGAGUAACAAGCAAUAAGUUAAUCAAUUUUCUUGAUGUAUGCAGAUGAUAUGGUGCUAUUGGCCGACAAUGCUGAGGGUUUCAAAAAUACUAGAUACGCUAAUAAGAUUAAGUGCCUUAUAGUAAUCACAAUGUCCGUCAACAGUUUAAAUUCUCGAGAAUAUCUCUAAAUCCAAAUGACUAAUCUUUCUGAAACUGACAGGUGAUACAGAGUGAAAAGUAGAUGUGCUGUUUUGUUAACGUUUCACUCCCAAUACGAUCAUCGACCAACAGUUCACUUUAAGCAAAUGACAUUAUCGAAAUAUUUCAAUUUCAACGUGUCGGUUUUGGUCAAACAUCAAAAGAUGCAUUACCAAUGCUACCAACUCUUCACUGCUUUUAUGUAAGGAUUUUGCGUUGAUUUAGUUCUAUUUCGAUUUUCCUACGAAUGCAAAUGGAAUAUGUACAUUCACAUUUUUUAACCAUACGUUCAAAUCUCAUAACUUUUGCAAGCAUGUCGCAAAAUCAUAUUGAGUAGACAAACUCUCGUUCAACUAGUAUUUGUUGUAUCAUCCAAGGUUUACCUAAAUGGCAUUCAAUACCAUUUUACAUAAAACGAGAGUUGGCUUAUUCUAUGAAAUUGCCAGAAGAUAUAGAAAUGCGUAUAUUAUAUCUAGCUAUAACGAGGCCUUGCUAACCCUGUCGUAUUGGUAUUAAUAUGAUGUGAAAUAUUUUUCUUUUUUCAAACCUUACAUUUUUUUUAAUCAAGUUUAUUCACAAUUAACACAAUUGACAUACUAUACAUAAACUCACACAUUCACAAAUUGAAAACCUUAUUCAUAUCUAUUCAAAAUACUUAAUAUAUGCUAGUUCGUGUACAUUAAAAACUCACAUCAUAUGUUUAACACACACAUUAACAUGUUAAGCUGCUAAUUGCAUGUUACAUACUGACCUACUGUUGAUCGGAAAUUAAUACAUAUAUUGCACUCGCACCUUUGACAUAACUCGCAUAUUAACAAAAAUAUCGGACUCACUCUUUAAUGUUUUAAGCUGGCACAUUCUACCACUUUCUGCCCAAUUUCUAAAAAUUAAUAGGUUUUUCUUAAACAAUAACUUAUGGUUAAAAAAUACACUUUGGUUUUAAGUUUAUUUUUUGGAAAUAUUGUUGUAUAUUCUUAGUAAUAUUUGCCAGUGUACUAGUGCCCCCUCAUAUAUUGAUGGUAUUUUUAGGGUUAGACUUUUUGUACUAAUGCAUUUACAUAAAAAAUAGUUAGUGCAAAAUUUCAUUUCACAACUUUGUAACCAAUAUUUUCCCAAAAUAUUCCAUGUAUCAGUUUCACUGUGUAUAAUUCUGUAUAUAAGUUGUAUUCUACUAAUUUUUAUGAUUGUGUUUAUAUCAAUCAUUGAUAACCCCCCUUUUGCUCGUUCCGAGUAGCAUGUUUAUUUUUGAUACUUUGUUAACUUUGCUGUUUCAUACAUAUUCAUAUAUCAAAUAUUGAUUCGUCUUAUGAAUUUGUCUACUAUAGUAUUUUGAUUUAGUUCAUAUCUGCAUAAUGAGCACAUAAUGGAUUUUACUAUUAAGACUUUCUUUUUAGCAAGAGACCUCUUUUUUCCAUGUAAUGAUGUUUUCUAUUUUACUUUUUUAUCAUCGAAUUUUUUGUUCUUGUCAUGUAAUAUGCCUAGUGCUUUAACAUUACCUUUCGUCCAAGUUUUAGCUCUAACGUUUGGAGGCUUCUAUACGACCUAUAUAUAUCCCUUUAGUCUACUUAAGAUGACCUUUUGCACCUGAAGCUUUCUCGUAUUUGUUCAGUACUUCAAAUAUUAUUGGUAUUGACUAUUCUUUUCCUAUAAAUAAUGGCGAAUCGUCUGUAAACAUGCUUAUUUUUGCUUGACGUUUCAUUUUAUUUACCUCUGGUAAAUUGAUACCUUAAAUAUUUUUAAUGCUUCUAAUCGUGCAAGUCAUAGGUUCCGCUUGCAAUAUGUAGAGCAUCUGUGAUGAAGGGCAUCCCUGUUUUACUGAUCUACUGGUAGCGAAGAAUUUUGAUAAAUGAACGUUAAUGAGCAUACAACUUUGAGACUUUUUUAUACGUCAUAGUAACAUUUAGCCAUCUGAUCAUAUUUUCCCAAAAAUUGAUUUUUUUUCCAACCAUCCCCAUUCUUCUCUGUCAAACGCUUUUUGUUGGUCUUCAAAGCUUAUUGCCCCAUCUUUGUUUUCUGAAUCUACACAUUCCAUUAUAUCUGAUAUCAAUCUUAUCGACUCUUCUAUUUUCCUUCCCUUGAUAAAUCCGCUCUGAUCUCCAUGUAUUAUUUUGGGCAAAAUGGGUUAAAUCGCAAAGCUAUUUUUUGGUAAUCAUCUUAUAGUCGGUAUUUGAAUGUGUAAGUGGCCUCCAGUUCGCAAUAUCUUGUCGUUCUCCUUGUUUAUACAUACAUGAAAGCGUAAGUAAUCCUUUGUAUUGGGUUGUUGAUAAUUCUUUUUUAUCAAAUAUCUCUCGUACUAUCUCUAUGAAUUUUUUCUUAAUUGUAUUCCAAUACAUUUGGUAAAAAUGUUCGGGUAUUCAAUCUGUCCCUGGAGAUUUAUUUUUUAAGGGUAUUAUUGGCUCCUAAUAUUUCUAUUUCUGUAGGGUGAGUUUCACAUUUAUCCCUAAAAUUGUCAUUAACUGAUGAUUGCAUAUUUAGUAAUAGCUGUUCUGCUUCCCCUUCAUCCCAAACCUCUGUAGUAUAAAGUUUUUGGUAAAAAAUGACUUAUUCAUUUAUUAUUCUAUUAAAAUAAAGCUGUAACAACCAUCUGUGCAUUAAGCCGUUCUCCAUAGUUUUUGUACUCUCCUUACUGUUUCCAGAUUGAAAAAUAAGCGCUUAAUAUUUUUCCCUUCUUCAUACCAUUUUAUUCUAGAUCUGAUUCUUGCGGCUCCCGAUUUAUCUCUAUAAUGUUUUUCUAUCUUUUCUUUAAGUCUUUUUGAUCUUAUCGCAUCAUUUGCCAUACCCAUAUCUUAACUCAGUUGUAGUUUUCUCACUUCUGACUCCAUUUUCUGGAUAUUGUCUUUCCGUGAUAAGCUAUAUGCUUUACACAAUUUUUGGAUUUUCAAUUUUGUCAUAUCCUACCAUUCUCGUUUGCUAUCAAAAUGCGGUAUUGAAUUUUUCCAGUUUCCCCAGAAAGUCUUAAAGAUGUCCCUGAAAUGGCUAUAAUUUAUAGUUUUUGUGUUCAUUUUCCAAUACCCUUUACCUCUCUCCGCUUCAUGUAAAUUAAUAGUUAUUUAUGGCGGUCCAAAGUGAUCAUUUCUGGUAAAUUGACAAAUAUCUAGCAUUGUUUUAACUACUAGGGCGUCUAAAGAAUUUUUAAUUGUGGAAUAGUCUAAUUUUGCAUAUUAUCCUUCACUAUUAAAAGUGAUCCUUACAAUCUUGAUAUCCCUAAACAAGGUAGCAGCAGGCGUUAAUGAUCAUGUUUAUAUUAUAUAUUAUUAUAUAAUUGUAGUAUUAUCUUUAGUGGCUAUAUUCUGGCUCUUUUUUCCGGUGCGGUGAUGUUGAGUUAAACCCUUGGCAAACGUUAGACAUAAACACGUCAUCUUCUUCUUCAAACUAAAACUCAAAAGUAUAUCAAAUCUCACCAAUUAAUCUUUUGUUUACUUGAUUUAUGGAGGCACAGUAGUCUAGUGGUAGGACGCCGGGCUCGUGACCGAAAGGUCGCGGGUUUGAG